AUGAAGCUCACGCCCGUCCGAGUUAGGGGCAAGCGCAAGGCAUCCGCAACCACCAACCCCGGCACCAAUCCAUCGACGCCGCGGCCGUCCAAGAUGCUGCGCUCCAUCAAAGACGUCAAGCACACCCGGCAGCUGCAGCCACGCAGCAGCCUCGACAGAUUGCCCGCAGAGAUUCUUGAGAGCAUUCUCUUGUACAGCGGAAGCGUUGCGCUCCCGCGUUGCAGUCCCGUCAUUGGCGCCAAGCUGUCGUCUCGAGCGACGCUCCUGCGCUUCUUUAUCUGGGGCUUCCAUGACACCUGGGAUCAAUGGUUCGGUAUCCCAUUUCGAGAGGUAACGGAGGGCCCGAAACCAAAGGACGUGGCAAAGGGGUCCCGAAGUCCGCAAGAAGCGAAAUAUUUUCCUUGCGAUGGCGACCCAGAGCUUCAAAGUUCCCUUCUCGAGCUGCCCUGGGUAGAUAUUAAUUUUAUUCUCCGCGCCCAACAGGCUUGGGCCGAUACAUAUGCCCGGUACCGUUGGUACGAGCCACCUGUUGGCACCGCCACCGGUGGAUACGGAGUCUUUGACGCUACACUCUUCUUUGACAAGGAAUAUCAGCAAUUCAUCCGCUCCCCGGGCACUAUUCACCGUACCGUAGCGCGCAACGUACAUCCCAACGUCCAUCUACCACUGUCCCUGGUGACCGGACCAUGGGACGAAGAGCGCCAGAAGCGGUUGCUGUGGCUCGUCCGCGGGGGCAUCAACCUCGAGAUGCAGGACAGCGCCAUCCGCAGCCUGCCGUGGGAGUACCACCUGGACUUCUUGCACAACGCGAUCGUGCAGGCAGAGACGCCGAAUAGUGUUGCCUACCGGCUACUGCGAGACCAGUGCGACUUGAUGCGCGUGCCGGAGGACAUACUCCGGCGGGAACGCGAUGCUCUGGUCAAGCGGCUACAAUGGGGCCAACACAGCGACCCUGUGUUUGAGUUACUGCAGGAGGUGCUGGAGGAUGUCAACUAUAAACUUGACUAUCAAUCCUUCAACACUCAAAAGUAA